AAAAAUCUCUCGUCAUUGUCGUUCUUUCGUUGUUUGGAAAUCGGUGUUCUUGCGUAAAUUGGUGAACUUUUUGUGCAAUUGCAGAUUUUUCUUGUUAUAUAUUGUACCAACAUUGUGCCAGCGAUUAAAGUUCAGCUAUGGCCGUUCGAGCAAUCAACGACGAGGCUCACUUUCAGGCAGAACUGUCCGCAGCAGGAGGAAAGCUAGUCGUUGUGGACUUUACCGCAACUUGGUGUGGUCCUUGUCGGAAUAUUGCGCCAUUAUUCGAACAACUUCCAGCAAAAUAUCCGAAAGCAGUAUUCCUUAAAGUGGACGUAGAUAAAUGCGCCGAAACGGCCUCAUCUCAGGGUGUAUCAGCAAUGCCAACAUUUAUUUUCUAUCGUGCUAGGACGAAAAUCGAUCGAUUGCAAGGAGCAGAUAUUAACGGACUGGAAGCUAAAAUUCAGAAACAUUACGAGGCUAGUGUUGAUGAAUCAGGUGAAGAUUAUGGCCAUGGAAUGUUGGACUUGAUUACAUUCAUUAUGAAAAACCAGUGUGAAUGUCUGAACGAAUCGGAUGAUCAUCCACUGGCGAAUGCGUUGAGCUCCAGCGGAGGUCACCUAGCGUCCGAUUGUGACGAACAGUUGAUUAUUUCGAUCACCUUCAAUCAGGUGGUUAAGAUCAGUUCGAUUAAACUAAAAGCUCCGCCGUCCCACGGACCGAAGAACGUGAAGCUCUUCAUAAAUCAGCCGCGAACAAUCGAUUUCGAUAUGGCCGAAUCGCAAAUCUCGGUACAGGAUCUGUCGGUAGAUCAGAAGGAUCUGGAGUCCGGUUCACCAAUUCCGUUACGCUAUGUAAAGUUCCAGAAUGUGCAAAAUAUUCAACUGUUCGUAAAGGACAAUCAAUCGGGCGACGAGACGACCAUUAUCGAUCAUUUGGCCUUCAUAGGGUCGCCAAUUGCUACGACCAAAAUGGAUGAUUUCCAGCGGGUGGCCGGUAAAAAGGGUGAAAGUCACUGAAGGCAUGGGUUGAAAGAGUAACGCAGCGAGCACCAAGCUGUUAAAAAGUUUUUUCUGUUUGAUAUCGAUUUGAGAAAAGUAAUUUUCGUUUAUAAAUUAUUCAAUAAACCAUUCAGCAAAAGCAAUGUUCAGUUGACAAAUA